UUCAGUUGCAACGUCUCAAAGUUCCUCACUUUUUCAUUCAACAAAAAUCAAUCUCCUUUUCUUCGUAAAAUCACAAUGUCUCCAAUUACCAAAACACACAGUGAUUUAAAGAAACACCAAUCAAGAAUAACAAUGCUUUUAAAAGCAUCAAACACAAUAGCAUUCAAGAAACAAGAAACAAGAAAAAUACCAUUUCAAAAGGGAGAUGAAGUUGAAAUAGCAAGUCAUGAAUAUGGUUUCAUUGGUUCUUACUACACAGCAACUAUUGUUUCUUUUGUUGGUGAUUAUCAUUAUAAAGUCAAGUACAAAACUCUAUUAACAGAUGAUAAUUCUGCGCCAUUAGAGGAGAUUGUUACUGUCGGCGAAGUCCGUCCAACGCCACCUGAAAAACAAGAAAAUUUGCCGGAAAAUAAUUUUUGUUUGUAUGAUAUGGUUGAUGCAUUUGAUAAUGAUGGUUGGUGGUUUGGAUUUAUAACUGGAAAAAUUGGAGGAAAUUAUUAUGUUUAUUUCCCUACAACUGCUGAUAAAGUUGCAUAUCCUCCUGAAGUUUUGAGAUUUCAUCAAGAAUGGUCCAAUGGCAAGUGGAAAAAGGAAGGAGUUUUUGACUUAUACUGAUUUUGGUUUCAAGAGAUUAACUCUCUUUUCAAGAAAAAAAAUAGUGUUUAUAGGGGAAAUAUUCAUUUAUUUGUAUUCGUUUA